CUUCCUGUAUCGACACCUUCGCAUCAUGUUCGUUGAUGAGAGCUUUCCACCCAGCAAUGUGUCGCUUUGGGGGAAAGGUGUGCGUCGAUGCUUCGAGCAGUUGGAAUGGUUACGCCCAGAGGAGAUAUCCUCUUUCUCCUCAACAAAGCUUUUUGAUGGAUCUUUAUCUGAACCGAAACCGCGCGGAGUAUGCAGUAUCAGACAGGGUCUUUUGUCUGACUGCUAUCUCGUAGCGGCUAUUGCACUUCUUGCCAUGCGACCUUCUUUGUUGAGCCAGCUUUUUGUUGCAUACAAGCCAGAAGAAGGGUGGUGUACAGUACGAUUGUUCUUAAACGGCAAAUGGGAAGAAGUUACACUUGACACUUUCCUACCUUGCUGUCAAGGGCGUCCGGCUUUUGCACACCACAUUGGUGAUGAGCUCUAUGCAUGUUUUUUAGAGAAGGCUUGUGCGAAGGCCUACGGUUCCUAUGCAGCUCUUAUUGGGGGACACAUUGAUGAGGCACUCUGGGAUUUGACAGGACUUGCAGUCGAGGAAGUAAACCUGUCACGUGCACCACAAGAUUUCGCUGCGAAGAUAGUCCAACAUUGGGAAAAGGGUGACCUGCUGGCAGUUGCAUGGAUCUCAAGUGGUGCCGCUCUCCAGCAUCAGCAUCAGCAUCAGCGUGUGCGGUCCAAUCACGUCUAUGUUGUUGCAGAUGUGUCAACUCAAUCCGUUGGAAAUCAGACAGUAAACGUGGAGGUGCUGGAUCUCGCGCAGACACAUCCCUCUGAAGACGCGGGACAAGAACGGACCUUUUGGAUGGGGGGAAGUGACUUGCUGAAGGUUUUUAACCGUUUGUCUGUUUGUCAUGCUGGGAUCUUCCACAGUCAAUCGCAUGCAUCAACUUCCAGUCACAAGCUUGAAGUCACAGGCGCAAACUCUGGGGGUUGCUCAAACUUCCCGACGUUUCACAAGAACUCCAUGUUCCGAGUUGCUGUGAAAGACCGGCAAUAUCCUCAAUCGCUUGCAAUCAUCCUUUCCCAGGCUGAUAUAAGGCAUUUUGCCAACGAAUUUGAUUGUCAGGUCGCUUACCCACAAAUCGGGGUUACAGUGCUUUGCAUUGACAAAGUGAUCACUGAAGUUGAAACAGACUCAAGGUGCUGCACAAGAAAUCGGAGGAAAAUUGUGGCACAGACAGCCUUUUCCAGCAAACGCAAUGUGGCCGUUGUGUUGCAGAUUGAAGCCCUGCCUGCAGACACUGAAUAUCGAGUUGUUCCCUGCUACUUUUUUCCUGGCGAUCUUGGAAUGGGGCAACUCAUGGUGCAUUUCGCUGCAUCAGGACCAACUGAUGCCAUUUUGGUCGAACAGCUGAGUGCACGAGACAGAACAAAUCUCGAAUUUGAUGGAAUUUUCAAGAGCACAGUCGUGCGGAUUCAAAAGACAAUAAAACAUCCAGAAUAUUGCAGUGUUUCAGGCAAAGGGUCACCGCUUCAGCUGGAACUGGACAAAAAUAUAUCAAUUUUCAGAGUAGCCUCAGAAGCUGAAGUCACACCUUUGACGGUAGUUUUGACUCAACGCCCGGAAGAAACCCUUUGUUGGUGGAGACGAGACCAUCUAUACGCUUCUUUGUACCGCUGCUUCGAGUCUUUUCGUUCACACCAUGACAAUCUCUCGUUGCAAGAACUGGACUCCCUGUGUGCUUCUUUGUUUGUGCAUGUGCCGCAGCUUGGGAAAGACACUUUCCGAAAGGCCCUUCUGGCAAGAUGUCACCUGACAGGUCACUCUGUGAGCUUUGGGCAGUUCCUGUCCCAAAUCCUGUGGUGUGGAAUCCCCAAGAGUGACUUGCAAAGGGCUGCUGACAUGGCCAUGGCUGACAAGGCUCCAGCGGCUCCAGCCUGUGCGCCCUGCGCGCCGGAUGUGUGGCAAGUGGCAUUUAUCGGCAUGGCAGCACUUGGCAAUCUGGAGCAAGAUCUGGACGUUGACAAAAACGUUGCUCUUUCUGAUGCUACAAUGAAGGAAAAUCACACUAUGAACUUCCGUGCUUCGCUCGCAGCGGGAUGUGAAAUGCCAGUGAUGAGAGAUGUGAAUGUGUGGUCAGCCAGCUUUCUGGUUCGCCAGUCUGAGUUUUACCUCUGUCCACUGAUUAGAGGCUCAGGGGGGGUUUCUUUCCAGCUCCAAGUGCAAAGUUCGCUUGACCUGAUGGUCCAACAGCUUGAAAUAACAGACCUCAGAGAGAGAUAAAA